AUGUCUCUCUUGAAUUUAAUGUCUUCUACAGCCUACAAGCUGUGGUACACAGAUACGAAACCAUCAAUGACUGAGCUAAAUUGUGAGGAAAUUAAACUAGAAGAAGCUGUAAGACAGAAUGUUUCAUUAAAUAGCCUUUGUGAUCUUUUGGCUUUCUUACUAACAAAACUUGGACAGAAACAAAGAUGUGCAACUUAUGGUUAUACUUGGAUUCGUCCAGUUGGGAUUAACAAAACGCUCCAAGAACAAGCUGAACUGGAAGAACAGGCUCGACAAGUAGCCGAGGAAGCUGGAGGAGAAGAGGAUAUUGAUGCAGAAGUUGAUUUGGACAAUGACGAAGAUGAUGAAGACGCAUAUGAGCAAAUGGACAGUUUGCUGGAUUCGGUUCAGACGCCUUCUGGUGAAGAUGGAAUAGUUGACACGAACGAGGUGAACUUGGAUGCUGAUGUUACGAAUGAAGAGAUGUCUGAUUUUUACGAUUCAAUUGAUGAGUAUUAA